AUGGACACUGCAGAGAAAAGCAUUCUUUUCUGUUUUCUCUUACAAGCUGUUUGCUGUAGAGAUUUCAACAUCAGUCUGCCACAGAAGAUCGAAGCUCUCAGUGGAUCCUGUGUGAUCAUAAAGUGCAGAUUUGAGAUUCAGGUACAAUAUGACAAAAACCUCACUGAGAGAGCUACAGGACAGUGGUUCAAGAACGGGAUUGAUGUGAACAACAAUCUAGUGUUUAACUCAAGCACAUCAAGCCAGAACUCCUUCAUGAAAGGGAACAUAACUGGAAAAUUAAAAGACAAAGACUGUACCACUGUUUUUCAUGACCUCAGAUCAAAUCACAUUGGUCAAUAUUACUUCAGGAUUGAGGGUGAAGGUGGACUGAAAUGGACCUAUACAAAAACAAGUGUUUCAAUUCAUGUGAUCGACUCUCCCCCCAAACCCAAAGUGCAGCUGUAUGUGGAGCAGAAGAAGGUGCAGGAUCAUUAUAUUAUUAAGCCAGUUAGUUUUCCUAUAUCAGUCGUUUAUCUUUGCUUCUUAGAUGCUCCUAAAAAUACAUCAGCUUCAGUGAAUACCUCCAGCUCUGUGUUGGAGGGCAGUUCAGUGACUCUGACCUGCAGCGGUGAUUCAAAUCCAGCAGUGCUGAACUACACCUGGUCCAGAGAGAGUGAAGGACAGAUGGAGCAGCUGCAGCUGCAAGUCAGCGGUUUUAUGUCACUCCUCAGGUGUCAGGAGGAUGAGAGUAGCCCUGUUUAUGUCAAUAAUGCCAUGCUGUCUCCUACUGGAGCUGUCACCCAGAAUCUUAAAGAACUCCAUUAUGCCUCCAUUGACUUCACAAACAUCCAACCAGAGUCAGAAGAGAUCAGAGGCGUCUCCUCGCUGACAACUGACUACGCUGUGGUCCAAUGUUAUCCUGGUGGACUAUCAGAGGCAGAGAGCUCAAUAGGAGGAGAUCAGCUCAACAGCGGCAUCUCAGCUGUAAUGAAGUCUGAGAAAAAUCAAACCAUAUUAGAGCAGGAGAGAAAGAUGGGAGAAGUGUUCUCCCAGCCAUCAGAAGACACAACAUAUGAAAAUAUCACCAUCUGA